AUGGUCAGAAAGUCACACAAGAAUUCGACGCGUGUAGUCUUGAGAUUGGUGUGGUGUUUUAGACAAGGAACCAAUAAACUGUGUUUAUCAAAGUUGGAAUCCAAGUAUGCUCAAUUGGGUAACGGUUCAACAGAUCUACCAAAGGGACAUUUGACAGUGUGUGUAGGCGAAUCAGAAGAUGAGAAGCAACGUGUUUUGGUGCCAGUUACUCACUUCAAUCACCCCCUUCUCGGAAAGCUAUUGGAAGAUGCAGAGAAAGUUUACGGCUUCGAUUAUCCUGGUGUAAUAACCAUACCCUGCACAAUCUCUGAGUUCCAGAGAGUUCAGAACAUUAUUGCCACCACUCCAACCUACAACAGGCCCCUUACAAUUUGUUGUUUCAUCAACUGA